AUUGUAAUUUAGGAAUGUGGAAUGCAAAACGAACUUCACAACUGUCAAAAUAACCGCCAAAAUACAUAAGCAAAACAAUUUCGUGCUUAGACACAAGGGAAGUAAAUAUAUUGAAAUGGAUUUUCGACGUAAAACUCGGCAACGUGUGGAAAGAAAAGCAGAAUAUGAAAACUUGGAACAAAAGUAUCCACUUAAUGUCACAAUAUAUAAACUACCACCAACUGAAGAUAUUAAAAUACAGGAAUUCGAAGAUUUGGCGCUGGAACGUUUAAAGGUCUUGCGUAUUUUUGAUCUGGCCGGAAAGAAAGGUUUUCGUUUACUUUCAGAUGAAUGGAAAGAGUUUAUCAAUGCUGAAUUAUUACGUGAAGGCUUAAAAGAUUACUUAAGAUUAUGUGAUGGUGGAUCGAGUCAUACAACUUCAAGCACCAAAAAGGAAGCAGAACUGCAAGCAAGACGCAGGGAUUACAUAUCGCAUUUCAUAUUACGUUUAGUUUAUUGUCGCUCCGAUGAUUUGAGACGUUGGUUUCUAUCGCAUGAGUUAGAACUUUUUAAAUAUAAAUUUUCAUCUCUGAGCAGCAACGAUAUAAAACAAUUUCUUGAACUGAAUAAGUUAAAUUACGUACCGCUCACAGAAAAACAAAAAGAUGAGGUAAAGGAUGGUCUGUAUGAAAGUACCGCAGGACAUAGUGUUGCUAAAAUAGAGUUGCUGGAUUUCUACAAGGUGCCAUUUACGCAGGUGUAUGAUUUGGUGCGUGGUCGACGUUGUUUCCUUAAGGAUGGCUAUGCGUAUGUGAACACCAACGAUUUUGUGUCAAUUGUUGCUGUAAUGCAAUUGAAUGAAAUUGAACACGGUUUGGAAUCAGCACGGAGGCGUAUAAAAGAAAUUGAAACGGAUGAGCGAAUCCUUUAUUUACUCAAGUCGUUGCAUACAUCAUACACUGGCAAAGACUAUACAUUGAACAAAGAAGCCAGCGUGCCGAUCGAAUCACUUGAUCAGCUUUCGAAAAAGUCAUUUCCACUAUGUAUGCGCGAUUGCCAUGAUCAUAUACGAGCUAAGCAUCACAUAAAAUAUGGUGGACGUAUGCAGUAUGGCUUGUUUUUGAAAGGAGCUGGCGUAACACUGGAAGGCUCAUUAAGAUUUUGGCGUGAAGAAUUUACGAAAAUAAUGGACUGUAAUAAAUUCGAAAAGAAUUAUGAGUACAACAUAUACCACAACUAUGGCAAGAAGGGUUCCAUGAUCAAUUAUUCACCAUAUUCGUGCAAUAAAAUAAUACAAGACAGUAUUGCUCCCGGUGAUGCACAUGGUUGUCCAUACAAAAAAUACGAUCCGUCAACGUUAAAAACAAAAUUAAUUGCCAAUGGGGUUUCAGCGGCACACGUCCAAGAGAUUAUGAGCUAUGUGACGAAGGGGCAUUAUCAGCUCGCAUGUGGCAAAUACUUUCAGAUCGUGCAUGAGAGCUUGGUUGAUGUGGGUAUCAACCAUCCGAAUCAGUAUUUUGAAGAGAGCCAAACGCUAAUGGGUAAUCGCACAGAAAAGAAAAAUGAUAAAUUAAUUCAACGUAAGGCAAUUAAACGCAAUGCUAAUGAUAAAAGCAUGUUUCCUGCUGCUAAUGAUGAUGAUGAGUUGUGGAAUAUUGCCGAAACGCAGGAAAAUCAAUAUCGAAGCCAGCAAGCUGAGCAAACUGCUUGGGACGAAGACCUGGAUCUAACGGCAAUUGAUUGUUAAAUAAGGAAAUAAAUUAUAAAUUAUUUAAAUUAUUUAACUUAAGAACAUCCUACAAUAUAUAAUAAAUUAUUAUCAAGUACUCUUCACUCAUUGCAAGUAGAGUGUUCAAUAUGUUAGCUAAAAGAUCAGAGGUACUCUCAUUGUAAAAGCGAUAUUGGGUACGAUAAUCGGUUAUAUGUUGUAUGGUGAACUAGAAUAUUUUUUGUU